CUGGCUUUCGCCAGAAGUAAGUCCAAGGGAGGCCCACUGCUCCUCAACGAAAGCGAGAACGUCCAUCUGCUGGUGACGGUCUGGAAGGUCCCGGGGGUGGCACAAGUCAUCCAGAUACCACUGCCCCAUGGCAUUCGCCCCGAAACAGCUGAAGUUUGUCUGUUCACAAAAGAUGAACCAAACUUAUCAGCAGAACAGACUGAAAAUCUGUACAGGAAACUUUUACUCCAGCAUGGGAUCAGAAGCAUUAGCCAGAUCAUCUCAUACAAAACUCUCAAAAAAGAGUAUAAAAUGUUUGAAGCAAAGCGUCGCCUCCUGAACAGAUUUGAUCUCUUUCUGUCUGAUGAGCGAAUUAGAAGGCUCUUGCCCUCACAUCUAGGAAAACACUUUUAUGAAAGGAAAAAGGUACCUUUGUCUGUUAACCUGAAAGCCAAAAACCUUGCAAAGGAACUACAAAAACACAUCCAGGGGACUACACUCCCAGUGACCAACAAAGGGUGCUGUUAUACAGCACGUGUAGGUCACACUGGAAUGAAAGUGGAUGAGAUACUGGAUAAUAUUGUUGCAGCAGCUGAGAUGAUUGCUAAGAAGUUACCAAAGAAUUGGAAAAAUGUAAAAAUUCUUCACCUCAAAACACUCAAAUCAGUUGCACUGCCAAUUUAUACUGCAAAUCUCUCCAACUUGGAUGAGCUUGACAGCCAGCCCUCUCUCAGAAAAAAAGAAGUAAAGAAGGGAAAGAACAAAAAACCGAAGAAGGCAGCUAAAAAACAGAAUUCAAGACAAGUCACUUCGACAACUGAAAUUAAUGCUGCUGCUACCCAGGAACCUGCGGUAAAAGAGAAAGCAGAAGUUGUCCAUGAACCAGGUGAUCAUAAUGAUGAAGAAAUUCCUCAACUAGUGCCUAUGGAAAUAACGAGCUUAGAUGAUCUGAAGGUAAUGGUAAUGGAACAAAGUCCAGAAAAAGGUGACAGAAUGGUCAAGAAAACAAAAAUGCCCCUUGGUAAGAGAAAGAAACAACCUCCAGCUCUGGAGACUCCAAAACAUGAAGCUACAGAAGAGUGUGCAGACUUGCAGACAAAACAGAAAAAAGCCAAGCAGGUCGGCAUGCCAAAGGAAGCAAUAAAAGAAAAAGAGAUGAAAAAGACUCCCAGAAAGCCUGAAUCAAAGUCUUUUGCAACACCCAAAGCUGGCAAAUUGAUCCAAUCAGCCAAGAAGUCUUCAAAACCACCAAAGCAAGCAUCCAAGAAAGGGCGCAGGCUACAGACACAAUGA